AUGUCCGCGUCGGACAGUCUAUACUGUCUGAUGGGGAGUGCUGGGUCCUCAUGGAAUCGCCGGCUGCAACGACAACGAUUUCCUUCUCCUGCGAACCAGCGCAAAACACCGCCUACUCCUGACCAACACCUGCCUGCCGACGAGGAAGAAGGAGAUCCGGAUGCACUCGCGAUCGCUGCGCCAUCGGCUGCUGGACUACGUCCUCGUCCGGAGGUGAGGUCGUUAGGACGUAACGGUGACCAAGACGAUCUGCGACGCCGGCGGAUGGACAGAUCGUCGCCUGGUCAUCUUCAGGAUGAGGCUCCGACUACAGUCUCGCCGAAAACCACAGGGUAAGCGACCAUCAGGUAAGUUAAGUGCCAUUUCUUGAAUAUGUCUGCGUAUCGCUUCGACUUCAGAAAUCAACCGGCUCAGCGGUUGGAAGAAGUGCACGUUGCGUCGACGAUACUAUCGUGAAGACACGGCGACGCCAACCGUGAAAGUCAUGCCCUCCAUCGCCCUGGACGUCCUCGGUCGUCCAUGCCAUCGAAAUCAAGAUUGGUUCGAGGAGGACGACGAGGAAAUCUGCAAUCCGUUUGCCAAGAAUACGCUGUACAAAGCCUACGUCAACCACGGAACCGCUGUAAACAACGCUGAAUUCACCGGAUGUCGCCGCCUGGUGCAAAAGCGACCUUGGGAGAUGAAAGACGCCUGGAUGGAUCGCAAAGCCGAAGAACUACAAGCAAACUCGGACUGCAAUGAAACGAAGAAUAUUUUCGCCCCCAUCAAGGCAGUCUACAGACCAUGCACCAAGGGAACGAAGCCCCUGCACAGCUCCAACACGCCAAGGUUUCUUACAGAGAAAUCGGAAAUUCGAAAACUCUGGACUGACCACUUCUGAAGUGCCCCUAAUCGGCUUUCUACAAUCUCCGACGAUGGCAACAACAGACUCCUUCAAGUGAAAAGGAAUGACGACUUGCACCUCUCCUCAUCCUCCUCCUCCUCCUCCUCCUCUUCCUUCAAGGAAACAGACUCGUGCACUAGCUAUCCAGAGGGGAAGCACCGGAAUCCGGCGACAUUUCGGCUAGUCCACAAGCAUGGAGGCUUCCGAGCCAUGGACAAACUUGCAACGACGAUUCAGAAGAUGUGGCACCAAGGGCAAGUCCGUGGGAUUUCAAGGACGACUACUGUCGGCGGCCUGCUCUUCGCGGACGACUGCGCGGUCAACAGCGCGACAGAACCGGAUACGUGA